GCAGGAGGAGGAGGCGGCGGCGGCGGGGGGGUCUCAGCCUCCGGAGCCGCCGCGCCGGUGUCGGCGUCCCGGGCUCAGUACAGCGUGCCGGGCAUCCUGCAUUUCCUGCAGCACGAGUGGGGCCGCUUCGAGGCGGAGCGCGCCGAGUGGGAGGCGGAGCGGGCGGAGCUGCAGGCCCAGAUCGCCUUUCUUCAAGGUGAAAGAAAAGGACAAGAAAAUCUGAAGAAGGAUCUAGUGCGAAGAAUCAAAAUGCUGGAAUAUGCACUUAAACAGGAAAGGGCUAAAUAUCACAAAUUAAAAUAUGGCACAGAAUUGAAUCAGGGAGAUAUGAAGCCACCAAACUAUGAUUCUGAUGAAGGGAAUGAGACAGAGAUUCAGCCACAACAGAACAGUCAGCUAAUAUGGAAACAAGGACGGCAGCUGCUAAGACAGUAUCUACAAGAAGUAGGCUACACCGACACGAUAUUGGAUGUGAAGUCAAAACGAGUACGAGCUUUAUUGGGCCUCUCAAGUGAUGCUUCAGAGAAGGAAAACAGAAAUCAAGAGCCAAUGGUAAAUGGCACAGAGGGCCAGAUUAAAGAAAACACAAUGAUUGGGAAACCUGAAUUGACUGACUCUGCCUCUCUGCUAGAGACCUUCAAGUUUCUUGAAAAUGCAGCUGCAGACUUUAGUGAUGAAGAAGAUGAAGAAGAUAUUGAAGGAAGAGAGAAAACAAUCAUUGAUACUGCAACAAUUGUAAGGAAAAGAGUGCUAUCUGACAGCAGUGAAGACAGAGAUACAGAAGAAGCUUUGAAAGAGUUUGACUUUUUGGUUACCUCUGAUGAAGGUGAUGGGGAAUCAAGAAGUUCAGGAGAUGGAACAGACUGGGAAAAGGAAGACCAGUGUCUCAUGCCUGAAGCCUGGAAUGUCGACCAGGGAGUAAUAACCAAACUCAAGGAGCAAUACAAAAAGGAGCGCAAGGGGAAAAAGGGGGUGAAGAGAAAAACUACCGAAGAUAUGUUUCAGCCUCAAUCCUAUAUAAAACAGUCAAAACAGGGAUGUGGGAAAAUGAUGGAGCAAAGCACAGGGCCCAACAGGUCAAAGCUGCAAGAUAUGCUUGCAAACUUGAGGGAUGUUGAUGAUCUCCCUUCAUUGCAGCCAUCUGUUGCACCUUCUUCUAGGCCCAGUAGCUCAAGGCUCAUUGAACAUGAGAUAAACAGGACGGAUGAAGUGGAAGCUUUAACAUUCCCUCCUUCUUCAGGGAAAUCUUUCAUUAUGGGAACAGAUGAAGCCCUUGAAAAUGAGCUGGGUCUUGGAGAACUGGCAGGCCUUACAGUAGCCAAUGAGGCAGAUUCACUGACUUAUGAUAUAGCAAACAAUAAGGAUGCAUUGAGAAAGACUUGGAACCCCAAAUUCACAUUAAGAAGUCACUUUGAUGGAAUAAGAGGUCUCGCUUUUCAUCCAGUUGAACCAGUCUUAAUAACAGCUUCAGAGGACCAUACAUUAAAAAUGUGGAAUUUACAAAAAACAGCCCCAGCAAAAAAGAGUGCUUCUCUUGAUGUAGAGCCAAUAUAUACCUUCAGAGCACAUAAUGGACCAGUGCUCUGUGUGGUGAUGAGCAGUAAUGGUGAACAGUGUUACAGUGGGGGAGCAGAUGGCCUCAUCCAUGGCUGGAAUACAACCAACCCAAACAUCGAUCCCUAUGACUCUUACGAUCCUUCUGUUCUAAGAGGUGCUUUUGUAGGCCAUACAGAUGCAGUCUGGGGUCUGGUUUACAGUGGAGCAAACCAGCGUUUGCUAUCCUGUUCAGCAGACGGCACUAUACGUCUAUGGAAAGCUACAGAAAUUGCUCCAGCUCUCAAUAUAUUUAAUGAUAAUCAAGAAAUGGGAAUCCCUUCGUCAGUAGAUCUUGUGAGCAGUGACCCAAGCCUCAUGGUAGCAUCAUUUAACAGUGGACACACUAGCAUUUUUAACAUGGAGACACGGCAACGAAUUCUUACCCUGGAGUCCAGUGUGGAUACUACAGUCAGUUCCUCCUGUCAGAUAAACAGAGUCAUCAGCCAUCCAACUCUUCCAAUUAGUAUCACUGCUCAUGAAGACAGACACAUCAAAUUCUACGACAACAAUACAGGAAAAUUGAUCCACUCCAUGGUAGCUCACUUAGAUGCAGUUACAAGUUUAGCUGUUGAUCCUAAUGGCUUGUAUUUGAUGUCUGGCAGUCAUGACUGUUCAAUUCGCUUGUGGAAUCUUGAAAGCAAGACCUGUAUCCAAGAAUUUACUGCUCAUCGCAAAAAAUUUGAUGAGUCCAUUCAUGAUGUGGCAUUCCACCCCUCCAAAUGCUAUAUUGCCAGUGCAGGAGCAGAUGCCCUGGCUAAAGUGUUUGUAUGACAGAGUGCUUCCAUUUCAACUCUAGCUUUGUAUAUAUUUAGCCAGCUGCACAAAAGAGGAGAGGAGGGCAUGAGUCUUCUUAUCCUGCCCUGUAAUUCAGAGAAUGUUUGUAAGUGUUUAGUUUUGCAGGGUGGUGUUUUCUAAAUUGACGUUUGUUCUGGUUUCUGUGAGCUCAGCUGGUGCUGAGAGCUUGGAAACUCUCAGUUUCAAAUAGUU